AUGGGAUGUUGCUAGUAGAUAAAUUCUGGGUAAAACUAACCCAAACCAAUCAGACCAACAAAUCAUAAACCUAUUAAAGCUUUGUAGUAGGGAGAUGGUUAAGGUAGAUAAUCUAAGCAAAUUGCAGAGACUGGACCUAAAUUUACAACUAAUGCUGAAAGGCUUAACGCAGCUAAUUCUAAUCAAGGUGGUCGUAAAUCGAGGAAUGAUUAAGAUAAUAAUGUAAACAACUGUGAAGAUAUCGAAAUCGUGAUGGUAGAUAUGAAGAAUAUUCCUCAAGAUGUCGGCAAACUAAUGAUGUAGUCAGAUUUCAGUAGAAACUAUAGACCUCCCUCAGCAAGAUCAAGUGCUAAGGGUUCCUUUUACUCAAAUAUGGACUUUUCACACAUAAAUUUGCCAGUAUAACUGAAAACUUAUCAUGAGAUUCUGUAAAUGAUAGUCAAAGGAGAAACAUCUAAAGUUAUUGAAUUGAUAUAAGAGUAGAAAUUCAAUGAAAUUGUGGGAAUCCGAGGACUUAACUUGACUAUUGAAGAUAUCGAGUUUGAAAAUGGCUAAGUUGAAACCAUAAUGUGGAACCCACUACAUUUCGCUAUCUACUAUCAGAAUUUUGAACUAGUCCAGUACUUCAUUAAGGACUUGAAGAUUAAUAUGGGUGUAACUGGCCCUAAGUCAAAGGCUGACUUAGAGAAAGAUGCGUUUAACAUUGAUAGAUAUCCUGAAGAUAAAAUCAUGAGUUUACUUUUAGCUUAUGACAGGCGUGAUCAGUAAAUUCUAAAGUAUUUACUCGAUGAAGGUUAUAAAAUAUGGCCUUCGAAAUGUAUCAACAAUCUCUUAUCUGAUAGAUUGAAUAAUGACAUCUAAGAUUGGUUUAACAAUAGCAAUCAUUAGGGAGGAAAUAGCAUAGAUAUGGAGAAAAUGUGGACAAAUUUGAUACAAGUUAUUCUUAGGUCUAAGACAGCUCAUUCUUUUUAUGGUUCACUGUCUAUAAAAAAGCGUAAGGAGUGGCUAUAUGAAUUUCUUCACAGUUUAGAAUAAUAACCAGAGUAAAUAAUAGCGACUUACUAUUAAGAAUUCACUCUCUAACCUUAUACUGGUUUCUUUUUGACGUUUUUACUGUUUGAAGAGUUGUCUGAGAAUCUUUAACUAGUGUAGAAAGUAUUCUAAAAUGCUAAUGAUUUUGAUAUAAUAAGUUUCAUAAUAACCAAAUAAAUUGGUGACCCCUCAGAAUAUUAUGAUAUUAAUAAGGUUAAUAAAUUGAAAGACAAAUUAUCUAGUGAAGUUGGAGCUAUUUUAGGGAAAUUCAUCAAUAAUAUCAUCAGAGUAUCAUAAGAAUUGAAUGCUUCAGAAUUUAUUAAGUAAUCAAAUACAAUGCUCCUUGAAAUAGCCAAUAAACCAGAUUCUACUAUAUUUGAAUUUUAAACUCUAUUCGAGCAAUUGAAGGAAUAUAACUAUCUAGUCUAGAUUUAAAUGAUGCAAGUAAAGGGCUUAGAUUAGUAACUAGCCUUAUUUAAAACUGAAUCGUAUGUAGAUAAAUUCUAGUAAUAGAUGAGUCAGUAAUUGUAGGACCAACUUUAAGGUGAAACUGAGGGAUCAGCUAAAUGGAAUCCAAUGACUUUCGCUAUUUACUAAGGAAAUCUUGAAUUGAUUAAGUAUCUUGCUAAACAUUCUAUUUGUAACAUGAAAAAACUUCUUAAAAUUCCAGGGGCCACAAGUUCACCGUAGAUCAAUAAAGUUUUCCCCUUAUACGUUAGUAUUCAAAAGAAUCACCAAAAGAUGUUUUAAUAUUUUUGGAACGAUCUAGGAUUCCUUUGGGAUGAAGAUGCUUUUGACAACAUUUUUAAGUUGAUAGCUAAGAAAGAUUUUUCAGAGUAUUUGCCAAUCAUUUUUGAGACUUAAACUCUUCAGACUAUCUUUGCAGCUAUGUCUUAUUAGUAUAAGUUCACGUUUAUGCAGCAUAUUUUACAACUAAAGCGAGAAUUCCUGGAAGAGAUAAACACCUAAUUGAUGCAGGAAUAAGCAAAUGAAAAUGAUGAAGCAGAAGAAAUUCUAUUAAAUAGGAAAAUGUAAAUUGAUCACUUUUUCAUGAAGGUAAAUGAAUAGCUAACGAAACAGCCUUACUCUUUGCACUUCUAUCUUUCCUUUUCAAAAGAAUUAAUUAAGUCAGCCGAAGAGAUCUAUCAAUAAAUGGAUGAGUGCUUAGAGAUAAUGAGAAAAACUCAGAAGCUGAUUAAGGACAGUGAUAUACAAGUAUUCUUGCACUACACUCCAGAUGUGGCUGUUUAAAUAGUAAAUGAUCUAAUAGAUGAACCUACAAGCAAUAUUUAAGGUUAGAUGAAUAGUAUAAGUAAUGCAAUAGACAAAGAAACUAAAAAUAUAGCUAUGAGAAUUAAAAAAUGCCCAAACUACAAGCAUUACAAAUAAGCAGUUGCAGCUUAAGCUAGUCAAGUAGCUUUACCAAGGAUUCAAUGA